UGAAAUGAUAUAUUUAGUAGACUUUAAGAAUAAACCAGAUAUUCUGGGAAUGUUUUGGUAGCGCAUUUUUACAUGUUUAAGGCAACUAUCUAUAAUUUAUGGCUACUGAAGAGGUGCAGUAGAGCCAUACAAUUUCACUGCCAGCUGUGCGGAAAGUUUAAAAUACCUGCAGAGGUACAAGAGUUUCAGACACUUAAAAUCAGAGUGUCAUUGUGCUGAUUUAAAUCAGAGCUAUCUCCGAAGUGUAACUGUAAAAACUUUGUGGAACUGCAGUUCAGUAAAUCUAAUUUUUAAGCUUGGCAAACUAGUUGGAGAAGAAUAAAAGAUGAGGUUUGUUGCAAACAAGCAUAACGAAGCAAUACCGAGCGUGAGAAAACAGCACUGACAGUUGAAGCCUUUAACUGUGCUUGGGAGAGGACAAAAGUCUUUCCUGUUCUCUGUGUUUUCUAACUCUCUGUUUAAUAAUCUACUUAAUCUGACUCUAUAGACUUGUCACUGAUUUUCCUUCUAAUAGGCUGAGAAAUCUCAAGUGGGGUCACCAUCCAUUUUCACAGGUUGUCCCAAAUCAAAGUCAUGUCCAAUUCUCCUAAAACAAAUUGAUUAUUACAUUAACCUGAGUAGCCCCUUCUGAGCAACCACAGGCUCUCCUUAAGAUUAACCUUUGAAACUUAUCUGCCCAUGAUGAAUUCUUGGUUGUGGGGGUAUGCAUCUUAAAUUCAGUAUCAUGUGCUCUUUGCCUCCAGUCCCUGAACUAGCUUACUGUGCAGUGGCAAAGCAUAAUGCUAAAAGGCUGAUGUUAUAAUCCCUUUGCUGCUGGAAGGGAGUGUUGGGAGAGUGCACACUUGUGACAGCUCCACAGUGCUAUUUUUAGUUGCUUAGUUUUCUUUCCAUUGUACAAAUUAUUAUUGUCUCUUUGUUCUUGUUUAGAAGGCUUGCUUACCCUAUCCCUUACCCCUGCCAAGAAACUGGAAUAGUUUAAGAUUUCUAAAACAUUAAUGUCUUGCUCAAAAUUUGGCAAAACGUAAUACAGGAUUAACUGUAAAUAGCCCUCGCUAAAGGGCUGAAUCAACUUUCUUCACAAAGAGAUUGCACUUCAGUGCUAAUUUUCCUUCCACAAGUUGACAUGAAUUAAACUGAAGGAUCUUGUUCUUGUUAACAUGUAAUAUUACUUUGCAUUAUCAUCUGGGAUAGGUCUUGGAUAAUGUGUAAAUUAAGGGAAAAGGAAGACUACCUUUCAGUAUCCUACUAGGAAACCAGCAGGGAUGCUUUCAAGCCUCAUUUACUGUGUUGGAUUAGGAAUGUGAGUCUUCCAUGAGGAUAAUAGCUUAAAUUCUUGGAUCCAUGGUUGUUCAUUCUUCCCUUUUUUUCUGUGUAUUUCACUUCCUUUAAGGCCAUUCUCAUUCUUCUGUGGGUUUUUACAUUUAAUUCACUAUGUUCAAUGAGCAGAACAUUUGGUCUAGUUUAAGUGUUUGGUGAGAAUGUAGCUACAUAGAAACCAGGCAUCUGCAUCUCUGCAAGGUGUCCUAUGCUGCAUUUAUUCGGAGUGGCUACAAUUCCAAUACUUGCCUUUCUUCCUUACUGUUUUUACAGAUGGCAUGGAAAAUCACUGAAACUGUAAGGCUAGAAAAUAUUAUUGCUUGCUUCUCCUUCCCACUCCCACCCUAGUUCUACUGUAACAGGUGACUGAAUUGCAAGCAGCAGAAUAUGGCUGGACAAAUCUCGGAAGCUGAUCAGAUCAAGCAGUUCAAGGAGUUUCUUGGAACAUACAAUAAAAUUACAGAAAACUGCUUCCUGGAUUGCAUAAAAGAUUUCACUAGCAGAGAAGUUAAACCAGAAGAGAUGACUUGCUCAGACCACUGCCUACAGAAGUACUUAAAAAUGACACAAAGGAUCUCCAUGAGAUUCCAGGAGUACCACAUCCAGCAGAAUGAAGCUCUGGCAGCUAAAGCAGGACUGCUUAGCGCACCUCGUUAGAUAAGAGUGCUCUGUUCAGACUUUACAAGCAGUGUCAGUGUUUGUUGGGCAAGAACACAUUUUGGAUUUUCUACUGUCAGGAUGUGUGUCCAGCAACUCACAGUUCUAGGUGCUGUUCAGACAGUAGAAACUAUGGAAGGUUAAACAAGAAAUUAGUCAUGGUGGACUGGCAAUGGAGUCUGUUUCUGAGGUUCUUUUCGCUCUACAAUGGAAUACUACUGAUAGAAACUGCUCCAGGGCCUGCAGACUGGUAUGUUUAACUUUCAAGGGUGGUGGGAGGGUUAUGCUUCCUUUCUGCUAGGACUGAUUCAGAUAAAUAAAUGGAAUAUGGGAAAUACACUUUUUUUUUAUUUAAUUAAAAUGAAUGGGAACUAUA